AUGUCCUCAUGUUCCCUGGAUUCGUACCGCAAUGUGGAAGAUGCUAUGGGACUUGGUGAUAACGACAUGCAAUCCCUUGGUCGUCGUUAUAUCUUGCCAUCAGGUUUCGAAGGAAGCCCUCGACAUAUGCAUAAGCUUUAUCAAGAUGCUAUCAGCAUUGUACGCCGAUUCGGGAAACCUCAUCUAUUCAUCACAUUCACUUGCAAUCCUGCCUGGCCAGAAAUUCAAGACAACCUUAUCCCGCCACAAACAGCACCUGAUCGCCCUGAUCUUACUGCACGGAUGUUUCGUCUCAAGAUGAAGGAAUUUAUGGAUGAUCUCACAAGAAGGCAUGUCCUUGGAAGAGUCGUUGCCCAUGUCCAUACCAUCGAGUUUCAAAAGCGCGGACUUCCUCAUGCCCACAUCCUUCUUAUCCUUACACCUGAUGAUGUUCCUGACGACGCAGACAAGGUUGAUUCUAUUGUUUCUGCUGAGAUCCCAGAUCGUACUGGGUAUCCUGAUGCAUAUGCAACAGUGAAACGGUUCAUGGUUCAUGGUCCAUGCACAGCUGCAAGAUGUCUUAAUGAGCACGGAAGAUGUAUUUGUGGUGUUCAAGAAGAUUGA